GUUCUUAUUCCCUCCACCAUGAACUCCCUCGUACAACGUUUCUCAACCACAGGGCCCGCAGCGGAGAUGAGGAGGGCCAGACAAGCCCUCGGCGAGGAGGAAGAUGGUGCAGACGUUAUGAGCUUUGGCAACCUCGCAAGCGGCGUGCCAAAAUUUAAUAUCCCUGCCGUUCCGGACCCCUCUGCGUUUCUGAGGUUGCACACAGAUGACUUUGCGGACCCGUCUUGCAGAAUCAAAAUCAAACAUGGAACAACCACCCUUGCUUUCCGGUUCCGGGGAGGCGUCAUUGUCGCUGUCGACUCUCGUGCAACUGCUGGAAGCUAUAUUGCUUCGGGAACCGUGAAGAAGGUCAUUGAGAUCAACCCAUACCUUCUUGGAACUAUGGCAGGCGGUGCCGCUGACUGUCAGUACUGGGAGACUUAUCUUGGUAUCCAAUGCCGACUGCACGAGCUCCGGAACCGCGAACGUAUUUCGGUGGCGGCGGCGAGCAAGUAUCUCAGCAAUCUGGUCUAUAGCUACAAGGGUAUGGGCCUGAGCAUGGGAACGAUGAUCUGCGGCUGGGACAAGACAGGUCCCGCUGUUUACUAUGUCGACUCGGACGGCACCCGCUUGAAGGGUGAUCUCUUCUCUGUCGGCUCCGGAAGCACGUUCGCGUACGGUGUGCUUGACCAAGGCUAUCGGUGGGAUCUGACAGACGAAGAAGCGCAAGAGCUUGGUCGUAGGAGUAUUUAUGCUGCUGGUCACCGAGACGCGUUCUCUGGUAACACUAUCAACCUCUAUCACGUCCAAGAGGAUGGCUGGAAGUUCAUCGGAAAUUACGAUGUUUCCAAGAUGCACUACGAAGGUCCAGAGGGUCGUGGCGGUUAUGGUUACGAUAUACGCGUCGAAGGCAAGACUUCGGCGAACCCCCAGCCUGCAUGAGAAGUCUCUGACCAAGCAUAAUUCAUCCUUCAUGUACACACUGACACUGUAUCUGUACGCUUUUCUGUGACUUUGUGAACGUAAGAUCUGGACAUUUCUG